AUGGCUACUGGUACCAACAUGGACAUUGAAGACGCCAAUAUCGGAGCUAGUGAGAAGAAGACCGAUCGAUUCGGUCGCAGGGGUUCUAUUGAGAUUGCUGUUGUUGUUUUUACCGUUGGCUCUGCCCUCCAGGCUGGCGCUUUCAAUGUACCCGUGGCUUUUGCAGGACGGGCUAUAGCAGGCUUCUCUGUGGGCAUGCUAACUAUGAUUGUGCCCAUGUAUAUGAGUGAGGUGUCGACUGCGGGUAUCAGAGGUACCCUUGUAGUUCUCCAGCAGCUUUCCAUCACUCUCGGUAUCCUCGUCAGCUACUGGCUCGAAUACGGCACUCAGUAUAUUGGUGGCACACGCUGUGAUCCUGAUAUACCUUACACGGGCGGUACGCCCACUGAGCGAGUCUUCGACCCUUAUAACGAUGUGUCUUCUGGCGGAUGCACGGGACAGAGCGAUGCAUCAUGGCGUGUCCCGUUCGCGCUCCAAAUCAUGCCUGCUCUCGUGCUUGGUAUUGGGAUGAUUUUCUUCCCAGAGUCACCACGUUACUACUGCAUGCGCGACAACGAAGAAGCCGGUAUCAGAGCACUAGCUCGCGUUCGUCGGCGUACUCCUGAGGAUGAAGACCUGCAAAAAGAGUAUCUGGCCAUCAGGGCCGAAGUCAUGUUUGAACAGACGUACAAUCGGGAAAAGUUUCCUGGGAAAUCAGGCGUUUCAUUAUAUCUUGCUGGAUACACGACGUUAUUUUCCACUUGGCCGUCCUUCAAGCGCAACGCAAUCAUCUAUUACGCGCCCAGCAUCUUCAGCCAGCUCGGCCUCUCCGGCAAAACCAGCGGUCUGCUCGCCACAGGCGUCUACGGAAUCGUAAACACAAUCAGCACCCUACCUGCACUCUUCCUCAUCGACAAAGUCGGCCGUCGCCCACUCCUCAUCUGCGGUGCAGCCGGUACUUGCAUCUCGCUGCUCAUCAUCGGCGGCGUCAUCGGCGGCUACAGCUCAACGCUCAAAGACCACCCCGCAGCCGGAUGGACGGGAAUCGCAUUCGUCUACAUUUACGACGUCAACUUCUCCUACUCCUGGGCGCCCAUUGGUUGGGUCCUGCCCUCUGAAAUCUACAACCUAGGCAGUCGGUCAAAGGCAAUGUCGCUCACCACCUCGGCCACAUGGAUGUCCAACUUCAUCAUCGGCCUUGUGACGCCGGAUAUGCUCGAGAAGAUUGGAUACGGCACAUACCUCUUCUUCGCCGUGUUUGCCCUCCUCGCUUUUGCCUUUACAUGGAUCGUGCUGCCGGAGACCAAGGGGAGGUCGCUCGAGGAGAUGGAUGCUGUGUUUGGGGAUGCUACAGCGCAUGAGGAGAAGGUGCGCUUGUUUACGAUUGCGCAGAGUUUGGGGCUCGAGGAGGCGGAGAAAGAGAAGGGUGGGAAGGCGGUGCGGAUGGAGGUUGUGGGAUGUUAG